AUGGCUGCUGCCACUGCCGAGACACAGGAUGGCAAUCCUCCAGGACACAUCACCGGAACCAUCCCCCAGCAUCUCCCAAGGUAUACCACGAUAGCGACUUUCCCUCCUGGUGCCUUCCUCGAGAACCUCGCCGUACGUGGCGAUGGCUCGAUCCUCGCCUCGGAUAUGCUGAGUGGAAGUAUCUGGUACAUCAACCCCCAUGCCGACGACGGGGACACGCAGGCAACCGUGGAGUUGGUCCACAAAUUUGAACUCGAAGACCCUCCGACGGAGGAGCCAUCAACGGGCAACACGGUCGAGGAGGACGGAGAAGAGAGUCAUGGGUCCUAUGCAUCCACCCCAGCUGCGGAAGCCAUCGUGGAAUCCCCAACUCACCCGGACGUGUUCUAUCUCUUCUCUGGCGUCCACGGCAAGAAGGGAACAUGGUGGGUAUAUGAGCUGGACAUGCGCUCCUUUGUCCCAUCUUCGAACCGUCCAAAGACUACAACCACAGACGACCUGUCACAUCAAGUAAAGGUUAGGCGCCUCGCACCAGUCCCCAGCGUGACGUGGCUCAAUGGAGGCACCGCCAUCCCGCACCCCUCACAGCCCUUGAUCUUGAUGGCCGAGUCAUAUCAAGGGUCAUUGUACUCCUACAACGUCAAAACCCGAAACGUGGACCUCUGGCUCCAGCACACGCUGUUGGAAAAGAUGACGACAAGACCGCCCUGGCCAGGCGUGAAUGGAGUCAAGUACCACCACGACCGGAUGGACGGCUGGGUCUAUUUCACGAACUCGGACCGGGCAAUUCUAGGACGGGUGAGGGUCAACCAUCAAGGUGAUGCGCCGACUGCUGCCCGCGACGGAAAGAGCGGGCAGGUUGUGAUUGAGAGUCUUGUUAGCGGCUGUUGCGGCGACGACCUCUGCCUCGAUGGAGACGGCAACGUCUACGUCGCCACGAACCCGAUGAACAGCGUGCUGAAGUUCCCACAACUCGCGGCUCCGAGCGCCGUCCCAGGAGGAGGGAGACAAAAUGCACAACCAGAACGUCAAGUCAUUCUCGGCCUCCUCCUCCUCCACAGCCGUCCUCAGUUUUCGGCUGGAGAGGCGUCGUCAUCACCACCGAAACCUGACUCGGGUUUCGAGGUCGACCAGGACACCACCGGUCCGACGGCGGUCGCCUUUGGAACGACGGCAUCCGACAAGAAGGACCUCUACGUGGUCACGAACGGGGGGAUAAUCAAUCCGCUCGACGGAAUUGUCAGAGAGGCGCGAGUUCUGAGAGUACAUCUGUGA